GAAGAUGUCUAAAAAGAAACCGAAGAAAUUAACUGGAAAGGAAGACUGUUUGGAUGGCCAGGAUGACAAAAACUCUGAAGACACAAGAUCUUAUAACCAUACUAUGAAAGGAGAGACAGAAUUUCAGAGAUUCAAAAUAGAGAAAGGUGGGCAAGAGAAGAAGCGAGACCGAAGUUCUAAUAUUUCUCAUGGCGCUGAUGGAAGAUCCCAAGGAAAAUCUCCAAAUAGAAGCAAAACCACAGACAAUUCUUUAAUCCAAACUGAAAAGCAAAAAAGAAUAGUUAUCCAAUUUAAAGCCAAAGAAAUUAAACAUGGAAAAAGUACACGCACUCCUGAUGUAGUGACUACUAGCAGGGAAAGUUAUAACAAAAGUUGUUUUGAUGGAACAGAAGGAAGAAGACUCUGGCACAGCUUUGCAGUUCAGAGGGAGAAGGCACUGAAGAAAAAGACAGAGAAAGUUGAACUCUGCAAACUAAAGUUAAAAGCGGAACAAACCAUGUUGGAAAAAUUUAUGUCAUCUGCGUGCGAUUCACAUGUACCACAUAAAAAGGCAGAUGGAUCAAAAAAACGGAGUGAAGAUGUCAGAAUUCCAAAAAAGCCAUCUGAUACCUCUACAGGGACUGUGCAUGAUGAUAGACCUUUCACUAAGAAGACAAAUACGUUAUCUAGGACUUGGGAAGAAGAGUAUGAAGAAGAAUAUAAGGAGUUUUCUAAGAAAAAAAGGCAUGUGAAUAAACAUACACCAUCACACUAUUUAACUGAAACACCACAACAAUGGGACUCUUGUAAACGGAAAAAAAAGGAUGCUGAUUCUGAUAAAGCUACUGGUAAUUCAGGGGCUGAAGAAAGGGACUUUGAAGCCACAGCAUUAUGUUUUAAGCAGAAUUUUGAGGUCCCAUGCACAUCUGACUCCUACCAAGAAGGUGAGGGCAUAAAGUCUGUCCAAAAGAGCUUUGAAGUCUUUCCACCCCUUCAAGACAGUCAGAACCCAGAAACAGACCAAGAGAUGCAGAUAGUUGAAGAUUUGCAUGUUGCUCGUGUUGAAAAGAGGAUGGCGCUGUCUGUAGUACAGACUUGUGGAGAACUUACAAGUAUGGAAAUAGAUCUUCCAGAACAGGAUUUGAAUAUUUCUGCUGAGGCUUUUACUUCUGGUCUGAACAUAUUAGUGGUGAUUGACACAAAUAUAAUGAUUAGUCACCUUGAGUUUGUCAGAUCCCUGAAAUCUGAGGAUAUACCAGGGGUUGGCAGACUUGCAUUAAUAAUUCCCUGGGUCGUUCUACAAGAGUUGGACAACUUAAAGAAGGGGAAAAUGUUGCAGCAUGUUCGGGACAAAGCUAUCCCCGCAGUUCAGUUCAUCUACACGUGUCUCAAAAACCAAGAUUCAAAAUUGUGGGGGCAAUCCAUGCAGCUUGCUUCUCAAAAAAUAUAUGGCCUGAGUGACGAGAACAAUGAUGAUCGUGUUUUACAAUGUUGUCUGCAGUAUCAGAACCUCUUUCCUCAAGCUGUUGUAAUACUCUGCACGGAUGAUAAAAAUUUAUGUAGUAAAGCCAUUGUGAGUGAGGUCAAGGCAUUCUGCAAAGCUGAUUUGGUUACUGCUCUACAGAAUCUGAAUGUAAACAGGCACCAGAACUGCGUUGAGCCGCAACAGUCAAAAUGUGAUACAGAAUUCGAGGAAACGGAAAGAGGUGAUGCUAGUCUUACUGCGCAAUUCCCAAAUAUACUUCCAGGCCUUGAAAAGAACUUAGGAGAAGCUUUAUCUUGUAUUUUGGAGACUGAAAUGAAAAUUGCAUUCGGAAACCUAUGGAUGGAGAUACUGUAUCUGAAGCCACCAUGGACAUUAGCAAACUUGCUGAAGUGUUAUAAAAAACACUGGAUGGCUGUGUUUGGUUAUGUUGUGCCAAGGAGUUUACUUUCAACCAUUGAAUGUCUCUAUAAACACCUUUGUACAGGUAAAACAGUUGACUCCUCAACAGUGGGUAUCUUGCUCCAGGAAUCCAAAAAAUUACUCCAUGCUUUCAGUUCAAGGUCAGACUAUAAUGGUGUACUUCCCCAGGCUUAUGCUGAAGUGAGUAAGCUAUACCAAACAUUUAUAGAGGUGAGGUCGGACAGUGAGCAGGAUUUGUCAGAAGACAUCAUGGUUCUUUCAGAAAAUGCUGUAUGUGAAAAAAUGGAAGCAAUGACACCAAAUCUUCAAAACUGUGAAGAAAAAAAGUUACAUCCAAGCUUUCAUGUAGCUCAAGAAAACAGGCACCAGGAAAUCUGGUCAGUCCUUGAAGGUGUAUGGAAUACAAUAAACUUGUACAGUAUUGAAAUUUUCCAAAAGUUGGACCCCAACGCAGUAACUUUGACUGCAAAGUCUUCGUUUGAAGAAGCUUUUUUAGGUCUGCAGAAACUGUUGGCAGCUGUGAAUGAUAUCCGUGAAGGAAUUAGUAGAAUUUUGACCCCCACCAGUAGUUUCCAAGAUAUUUGGACCCUCUAUAACUUCCUCAUAAGCAAUGAGAUAAAUAACAGUAUAAAAUUCACUGCUGAGGAGCUUUAUGAGUGUGUUUCACAAAAGAUAUAUCGGGAAAGGUUAGAAGUUGGAUGUUGCCAGCUGGCCCAGCUGGAACACGCUAUUAAGCAGUGUCACGCAUCGGUUCACAGGGAAGCCAAGAACAGGGGCUGGCUGUGACACUUGGGUCAAGGUUUGGAGCUGAGGUGCUCACCCCCUGCGUUUUCCUGUCCAACAACUCCUCUGGUGCGUGUGAGGGAAAUAUUCGAGGAACCAAACAUCUGCCUUCUUUUUUCUCGAUGGUGCUGUUUUGUAUUUGAGUUGAAGGAAAAAACCAGCUAGUUACAUAUGUACAUUAAAUGUCAGAAUUCCUGCUAAGAAUCGCAAGCUAAUACAAUUUUCUGUCUCAAGUGAGGGGCUCUGGCUUGAUACAGCUGGUCUGGUAUACAGCAGACGUGCUGGGCUGCUCUUCUAAAUUCCAAACGUUCGUGUUAGGACCUAGGUCUGUUAAUGGCUCUACAGGAAAAAUCCGUGUAAGGCAUUUGUUUUGCUGGUACUUGAGAAGUGACAAGUGAGAAAAAAUAUAUUGUGAUAGCUGGGGGUCUGAAAGGACUGAGAGGAAAGCAGCCGAAUAGAAAGCCAGAUACCCGUGAUGCUUGCUGCCCCUACGGAUACGAAGGACUAAAACGCGGAUGCAACGCAUGCAUCCUAUGUAGUGAACUGUGUAAGCCUUAGGAGAGGAUAUAGAAUGGGGAAAGAAAGGGAUUGAUGCUUUUUUUUUAAACAAAACAAAAAAACCACCCUCAUGCAGGUGUGUUUGUCCUGGACCUCUCUUCAGAGGAAAGGGAUGUUUUUCGUUUGUUAAAACAUCUACUUAAUCUUCAUACAUCUGAAACCUGCUAGCAACACUCCUUUGGAAAACUCCUCAUCCUUCUCUUUUGCCACCUUCUCUUGCAAAGGCACGAGUGGUUUUUCCCUCCGGGGGUUAUACUCCGUGACUCGCCUCGGCUCGGCUCCCCAGGUGACAUCUCUAUCUGAAUGUACUGGUGGUUGCUUCCCGAAACUGCUUUAAGUCUGUGAAACUUCCUAAAAGCCAUUUUCAAUGCUGCUGUGGCCUUGAAAGCUACCUCUUCUAUGUAUGUAUUUGUACAGAGAUGAGAUGACCGGCAAAGUUCUAGAAGUGUUUAUUUUGAUAUUAACUUUUGGAUGCAUUUGUAAAAUCUUUAUUGUAAAAAUUAAUUUAUUGUUAUAGUAAAUGGCAGUUAAUUCUACAUGGCAGUUUCUUUGAAUGGCUCUAUUUUCACUUUGCCCAAUUACUGUGGCUGCAAGUCUGAUGCCGCUCUUGCCCCAAGACACUUGAAAGUGGGAGAGAAGUGGGUUGGUAGAGUUACUGUCAGAGCAAAAUUCAUUUUGAGGGAUAUUGCCAUUCAAGUUGUAAUCCCACAACUGUGGGAUAAGCUUAUUUGAGCAUAACAUACUGAUGUUGGUGAUU